CCAGAGUUGGGGUGUGCGGGGUGCGCCAUGAGAGCAGGGGUCCAAGAACCGCCGGGCAGAGCGCAGGGUUGUGGCUGUGAGUCUUGGAGAUUGUGUCUCCUAACAUGGUGUUGGGGCAGGUAAACCGCUCCUGGGCACCACCGUUUGCUCUUUGGCACUUAAGUCCGGGUAAGGCCCUUACUGGGCCAUAAAGAUAGAAAGCCAAGAGGGGCGUUCAGUGUUGUGGGGCCGAAUUACAAGAUGUGGCCCUGUGCCUUUGAUGACAGAUGGGUAUUCUAAGCAGGGCACAAUACCCUGACAGCAGAGUUUGUUCAAUGUGGGGUUGUAUAUAUGUUUUCUACCAGCAUGUGUUUUCUUGCUCUUGUGUUGCGCAUGUGAACUGUUUAGGAGCUGUUGUUUUCUGCGUAGCUAGCGUGGUGUAUGUGUUGUGAAGGGCACCAGAAUGCAGGGUGUAUGUGCUCAUUUGGAAGUGGCAGUUGUGGACCUUUCAGUCAGAAGGGAUGUCUGGGUCCCAUUUCUGUAAUUCUGCUGAGGUGUGGUCCAGCUGUGGCUGAGGACAGGCUGGUGGAUGGGUUUGUGUGUCUGUGAUGAGUGAGUUGCACAGGGGCUGCAUUUGUGGAACUCAGAUCCCACUGAUCAUGAGAGUGAAAAACCCCAAGGUGUGCCUCUGGUGCCUGUGGGUCAGCUGGCACUGGUUGAGGAGCUCAGGGUGGGAUGUGCAAGUUGUGUUUAUGGGAUAAUGGGCAGCCAAGCAAGGGGAAGGUUGUGUGUUUGCAACGUUCUCCACGGGAUUCUUUUGUGACGUCGUUCAUGGGGGCCUGUCUGGGCUGUCCUUCAGGCUGGUAGGCAAGCUGGUCAGAAAACACUUGUGGGGAAGGGAGGUGGCAUGACAAGGGCAAUAUGGGCCUCAAACCAAGGAGGCCAGCCAUAAGCUGUGUGUGCGUUGCCUGCCUUCUGUGUGCUGAAGUGGUGGUGUGGGGCUGCCCAGGGGAUGUCAUGGGAAGGUGAGGAGAUAAAUAUGGAGCAGAGCAAGGACAGCAGACAGGAGGCAUGGGUGCUGUCGGGAUGGCGCAGCUCUUUUGCAGGGUCUGUGUGCUUGCCCCUCACCCAGUGUGUCAGGGUCACAGGGAGGAGAGUCUUGGUGCCUGCAAGGGAAGUGAGUUUAGACAGAAUGGCUCCUUGGCCAUGUUUAUGUAAAGGUCGGGUGUGACUUUUGUCACUAAAUUGAAAAAAAGAAAUGUGAAGUUUUCAGCCUCCUACUUCCGCAUGCCCUCUCCUCUCUUUGUCCCCUUGAGGGAUCUCUGAUGCACACUGGGCCCCACUCCCGUGACUGGAAGGGCCUCAGACAGAAUUUGCUCAGUAGGCAGAUUCCUCAGAACAGGUUUUCCUCACCUUUGGGGCCUGGGCCCUUCUGUGGGGGAGGGGGUGUGCACAUGCAUGCUCACUCCAAUUGCUCACAAAAUCAUGUACUACGUGGCCCAUGGAAGGGUGUACAUGUUCACUGUGCCUGUGGGAGGGGUACUAUGACUGGAUCCUCUGUGGCAGGAGGGAGCUGGCUGUGUGAGACCUGCACAGCAGGUGCAACACUGGAGCCCUACACUGGAAAUGAAGAGUUCUGGUGGCUGUGCAACUUGCUCUCUUUUUCUCAGUGCACCUCAGUUCCACAUCUGUAAAAUGGGGCUAACUGUCCUACUUACCUUCCAGCAGCACUCGGGAAACAGAUCUGAGGCAUAGUGACAGUUGGGGACUGUGCCUGUGCCAGCCUCUAUCAGCCCUCUGCCAGCACUGAGAAUCCCCUCUGACUUUGAUAAGAACAAUAGCUAUAAACACUGGGUUUGCACUGGCUGCAUACCAGGCACCAUUCCCAGUGCUUUUGGGUACCAUCAUGCAUCUAGACCUCAUAGCAGGUAAUUCAGAUUACCUUGUGUUUUCAGAGGUCUCAGAAGAAGAGUGAGACACAAGUUUCUUCAUUCCUGGUCUGCUGAUGUUUCCAGUGCCUGCAUGAGGCUAGAGCAAGCAGACUCAUAGUGUUAGUGAGUGGUCUUCAGUGGUUACCUGGCAUAAGAACCAGGAACCCUCUUUUAAGAUUUACUGGGCUGGGAAUUUGGGAAGAGGCCCUCUCCUAAUUUGAAUAGCUAGCAGUUUGGGUCAAUAAAAAGCUCAAUUUUGAUAUGUAAAUAAGCCCAUUGUGAUAAAAGACAACAUGCAAAUCUUUGAUUUCCUUUGAGCUCCAAAACUGAGCCAAAGGCAUUUAAGAGAGAUCUGUCAGGCUUUUCUGAACUGUGCUGCUGCGUUGUUUGGAGCUGAAUUGGGAAUAUGCAAAUUAUCUUGUUGCUGUACUUCUCUGGGUCCCACAGAACAAGGCUCUGCAAUAAUCUGUGUGACCUCUGAGGUCUGAUUGGAUGCAGCCAAACAAAUAACCUGACAGAGGCUUCUAGACGCGAUCAGGAUCUGCAGUGUAGCUCUAAUGUCCUCUCUGACCCUAACUGCUGCACCACUGUCCACUGCCUGGGGUCAUUUUUUUCCCAUUUCCAUCCUGAAGGACCCGUUCCUGUCUCUUCCUCUCGGUUCCCUUGACAUGGUUUCUGUUUCUCCACAGAAGGAGGAGGCUGGGCAGAAGGGACUCGCUGAGCCACCCCCGACUCCACUUCAUGUUGGCUGUGUUCUCAGGCUGGCGCCAUGCCACCUCCUGCAGAGGUGACGGAUCCGUCCCAUGCCCCAGCUGUCCUGCGUCAGCUCAAUGAGCAGCGGCUCCGAGGCCUCUUCUGUGACGUCACCCUUAUAGCUGGAGACACCAAGUUCCCUGCUCACCGCAGCGUCCUGGCUGCCUCUAGUCCUUUCUUCAGAGAGGCCCUGCUAGCUUCAGCCCCACUGCCCCUCCCACCAGUUACUGGGGGCUCAGCUCCCAAUCCUGCAACCACCACAGCUGCCUCCUCUUCCUCUUCCUCUUCCUCCUCCUCCUCCUCCUCCUCAUCCUCCUCCUCCCCUUCUUCCUCCUCCUCCUCCUCCUCCUCCUCGUCUCCCCCUCCAGCCUCUCCCCCUGCUUUAUCCCCACCCCGGGUCCUGGAGCUGCCAGGGGUCCCAGCAGCUGCCUUCUCUGAUGUCCUCAACUUCAUCUAUAGUGCCCGGCUUGCACUCCCUGGUGGUGGAGGUGAUGGGGCAGCUGUAGCAGAGAUUGGAGCUCUGGGACGGCGGCUGGGCAUCUCCCGCCUGCAGGGCCUAGGGGAGGAAGGUGAUGCCUGGGUACCUCCUGCCCCAGCUCCUGUGGCCACCUCCCAGCCUGAAGAAGACAGCUUUGGGCCUGCGCCGAGGCCAGAUGAAGAGUGGGAGGGUGACAAGGCUGGGCCCCAAGCCUCUGACUCACAGCCCCCCCUGUCCCGACGGCCCCUCCCCUGCCCUCGAUGUGGAAAGAGCUUCAUCCAUCCCAAGCGGCUGCAGACCCAUGAGGCCCAGUGUCGGCGGGGGGCCAGUACUCGGGGAUCUACAGGACUGGGAGCCCAGGGCCCUGGUCCUGGUGGUCCUGCAGGAGUGGAUGCCUCAGCCCUGCCCCCACCAGUGGGCUUCCGAGGUGGCCCUGAGCACUUGGUGAAGGUGGUGGGCGGCCAUGUGCUGUAUGUAUGUGCUGCCUGUGAGCGUUCCUACGUGACCCUGUCCAGCCUGAAGCGGCACAGCAAUGUACACUCAUGGCGGAGGAAGUACCCCUGUCGCUACUGUGAGAAGGUGUUUGCGCUGGCUGAGUACCGCACCAAGCAUGAGGUGUGGCACACUGGGGAGCGCAGGUAUCAGUGCAUCUUCUGCUGGGAAACCUUUGUCACCUAUUAUAACCUGAAGACCCACCAGCGAGCCUUCCAUGGCAUUAGCCCUGGCCUCCUAGCCAGUGAGAAGACACCCAAUGGAGGCUACAAGCCCAAGCUUAAUACCCUCAAGCUAUACCGCCUGCUCCCUAUGCGGGCAGCCAAGAGGCCCUACAAGACAUACAGCCAGGGAGCCGUCGAAGCCCCUCUUUCUCCAAGCCUCCACACAUCGGCCCCUGCGGCAGUGGCAGCCAGCCCCCCACCCAGGCCCCCACCUGCUCCAGAACCUGGCCCACCCCCCUCUGUCAUCACCUUUGCUCACCCAGCUCCCUCUGUCAUUGUCCAUGGGAGCAGUAGCAGUGGUGGAGCGGGGAGUGGGCCAGCCAGCACAGGAGGGUCCCAAGCAGCCUCCGUCAUCACUUAUACUGCUCCCCCGAGACCCCCCAAGAAACGGGAGUACCCACCUCCUCCCCCUGAACCUGCAGCAACACCCACCACCCCAGCUUCUACCACCAUCAGCCCAGCCACAGCCGCAGGGCCAGCCACGGCCACAGAGGAGGCCAAGGGCCGGAAUCCGAGGGCAGGGAGGACUCUGACUUAUACUGCCAAGCCUGUGGGUGGAAUUGGCGGGGGUGCGGGUCCCCCCACAGGGACAAGCCGGGGCUCUUCUCAGCUACAGGCUCCACCUCCACUGUGUCAGAUCACUGUGCGAAUUGGGGAGGAGGCCAUCGUCAAGCGCCGCAUCUCAGAAACCGACUUGCGUCCUGGGGAACUGAGUGGAGAGGAGGUGGAGGAGAGUGAGGAGGAAGAAGAAGAGGAGGAGGAAGAGGAGGAGGAAGAGGAAGAAGAGGAGGAAUCAAAGGCUGGUGGGGAGGAUCAGCUCUGGAGACCCUACUACUCCUACAAACCUAAGCGCAAAGCUGGAGCUACCAGCGGGGGUAGUAGUGGGGGCAAUGGGAUGCCCCGAGGUCGACGGCCACCACGCUGGAGGCAGAAGCUGGAACGGAGGAGCUGGGAGGAGACUCCAGCAGUGGAAGGCCCAGCAGGGCGUGCACGUGGUGAGCGGAGGCACCGCUGUGGGGACUGUGCCCAGGCUUUUGCCACCCUGAGGAAGCUUCGAAAACACCAGGAGGCUCACAGUGGGGGCUCCCACAGCUCCCGGGCUGGAAGGAGGCCUUCUACCCGCUUCACCUGUCCCCACUGUGCAAAGGUGUGCAAGACGGCAGCUGCCCUGAGCCGACAUGGGCAGAGGCAUGCUGCAGAGCGGCCUGGGGGCACCCCCACACCUGUCAUUGCCUAUUCCAAGGGCAGUGCUGGCACCAGGCCUGGGGAUGUGAAGGAGGAGGCCCCCCAAGAGAUGCAAGUGUCCUCAUCCAGUGGGGAGGCAGGUGGUGGGAGCACUGCUGCUGAGGAGGCUUCAGAGACUGCCUCACUCCAGGACCCUGUCAUCUCAGGGGGUGAGGAGCCCCCAGUAGCAGGGGGGGCCAGCUAUGUGUACCCACCUGUGCAGGAAUUUCCACUGGCCCUGAUAGGGAGUGGCCGGGAACCUGGCGGUGGCAGAGGAAAACCUGGGAGUGAGGGGCCAGCGGGGGCUUCAGAAGGGGACAGGAUGGAGGGGAUGGGGGCUGCCAAAGUCACCUUCUACCCUGAGCCCUAUCCACUUGUCUAUGGUCCCCAGCUCCUUGCUGCCUACCCUUACAACUUCAGCAACUUGGCUGCUCUCCCAGUUGCUCUCAACAUGGUCCUACCUGAUGAGAAGGGCGGGGGAACCCUUCCUUUCCUACCAGGGGUCUUCAGCUACGCAGUGAAUCCUCAAGCAGCACCUCCUACUCCUCCAACUCCACCUCCCCCAACUCUUCCUCCACCAGUUCCUCCUAAGGGAGAAGGGGAAAGGGUAGAGGUUGAGAGAACCCAGAAGGGAGAUGUAGGGUGAGUUUUAAAGCUAGACCCCCAUUUCACCAGAUGCCACCCUUCCUGAACCCCCCACCACUACCAGCUCCCUGGCCUCCCUGCCCCUUGGGAGCCCCAACACACUCUUGUGCAGGGACUUGGGGGACCCUGGAGCUCAGGGGUUGGGCUGCUUUGUGUAAGAUUGUAGUUUUCCCAUCUCCUGGGAAGGGAUCUUUGGUGGUUCCCCUCUCAAUCUUCCUCCAGGGAAUGGCCCCCAUGAGGGGCAGGGCCAGCUCCCAUCCCUUCUCCAGCCCUUGGGGCAACUGAGCAAUAUACUUAUUUGAAUCUCAUGGCCCCCACCAGCUCUGAAUGUCUACCCUGCUCCCCUGAUUUGUAAACCUAUGGGGAAACCAUCUCUCACCUCAUGAUCCCUGCUCACUCUGAAGCUUUCUCUAAGCCCUUCCCCAGAUGCUUCCUAGCACAUUCCAUUCUUUGUGGCCCAGGGCCUGGACCAGACCAUUGUGAUACCCAGCACACCUGCCAGGGAGCAUGGCUUUGGAUUCCGUUCUUCCCAAGGGUGGGUUUCUCUGUCCUUGUUUCCUUCACAUCAAGAUGCCAUGCCUUCCUUGGCUUCCAUGCCUUUGGAUCUUCCAUAUUUCUUCCUCUACUCCUAGAUUUUGGAGAUGGCCUUGCCCAAUCCAGGUUAAAAAAGAGGUUUGGGAGGGAGGGCAACCCCUGUGUUCCACAGCUAAGCACUUUUCCAGUCUAGGGCAGGGAAAUCUUGGCCCUUCCUUGACUCCCAAAUCCAGUGACACCCCCCCCCCAUCCUUCCAAGGCAAAAGAGGUGAAUAGAUCACACCUUUUCCUGACUUUAUAUGUGGUGUCUUCUGGGCUAAACCACAUUUGGGAGCCAGGAGGGAAGAGCUCCAUUUGGGAUGGAAAAGAGAAUCUACUUUCUCCCUGCUUCCCUCCCCCUCCAUGGUUUCUCCCAAACUAGACCAAAUAGCCAGAAAAAAUAUAGGGGUUGGAUAGGUGGGUAAGCCCAAGAUUUGCACAUGACCUUCCAUCCUUACCUUUACCUCCACCUUCCCCAAUGUCAUUCUCACCAAUCACUCCAGAUGGUUUUGGAGGGAACCGUCCUACUUUACUGGUGGGCUUUGGGGUAUCCCCACCAACUUGCCCUCCAAAAUAGCACCUUAUACCCCAUCUUUGACUCAGUUCCCCACACCCAAAGAUCCCAGCCAAGGGAUGGGGCACAGGGACCUUCAAUAGUCCCUAAUCCCUAAUUUGCACUAGUUAACCCUGGUCAGGGGUCCCUAUAUUUCCUUCCAGUGGGGAAGAUGAAGAAAUGUCUGCUCCUAGUUCUCUUUGAAAACAGGGCCUCCAUGCUCUGUGGUUGGAUGAACAUUUUCCAUUCCAGCCACCUCCCUCCAAGGGGAGAGCCAGUUUGGGGGAGCAAUUUGACAAAUGGGAAUUAGAGGAGUGCAGUUUAAAAGUGGGAAAGGUUGCUGUCAUCAAAAUGGCAGCUUUUCUCCCAGCUACUGUUUUUUGGGGCCAAGAUGGCUGCCCUCUUAGCAACUGCGGAGAGGGCAAGAUCAUGGCUUUUGGAGAGGUGAGUUUGAGGAGGUCCCUCCUACCGUCUCCUUCCCUCCCAGUGUAUAGGAAGGGGAAGUUUUUGACAGGCUCCCUGAAUGUUAACCACGGAGGAGUCACUCUAUUCCUCCUCUGUCUCUUUGCACUUUUCUUGGUCUUGGCCACAGCCUGAGUGAAGAAUUUCCUACUGAAUGUACCAAGUUCCAAUUUUUAAGGGUGGGGGGAGGGGUAGGUUUUCAAAUGGGGGAAAAAAACGCAAAAAAAUCACUACAAAUUCCCACAAGUCUUGUUUUCUGGCACUUUAGAAAAACUGCGAAAUAAUACAUAAUAAAGAAUACAUAUAUAUAUCUACACACAAAUUAUAUCUAUAUAUACAGCGGAACCACCAGAGAGACUGAGGAAGGCCUGGAGGCAGGGGACAGAUGUGUUGACAGUACCCCUAUAUACUUCACCUGCACUCCUCUGAGUAAAACAGGCACAGGAGAAUUGAAGGGGUUGAGGAUGGCAGGGAAUUUGAGUUUCAGAAUAGGUCAAAAUUCCAAAAGCAUGUACAUCUUGGGAAUUGAGAUUGUAGACAUUUAUUUUUUUUAAUAUGAUUAAGGAAAAUAGCUUCCAGAAUUUAGUGAUUCUGGGCAACAAGAUUGUGGCAAAGUGAAGACUAAAAUAUAUGUAUUUGAGCUGGGGAAUUUGAAUAUCGUGAAUUUCAGAUGUUGGAAAUUCGGGAUUUUGCCAUUUUGUCAUUUGAAAAUGAUCAUGUCUUGUAAGUUAGUGCCCUCUUUCCCCAUGUUCUCUGGGAAGAAGGGUGCUGGAGUGGGAAGGCCACUGGUUCUGUGCCACAGCACGCAAGAUUUAGAAUUACAGACUCUAGCUCUAUAUGUAGUGAGGACCCAGAUUUUAGAGAAACUGACCAAUAUUUAUCUCCGCAUUGUGUGUGUGUGUCCAACUCUCUAGGCCAAUAAACCAACAAGACAAAUGAACUGUGCUCCACA